UCCCGGUCAGGGUCGUGGGACAACUAAUAGGCCUACAUAUACUAUUAGGACUGUGAUAAGACAGUUCUUAAUUUACAAUUAUGCAUAUACAUGCUCAGAAAAUCAGACCAAUGAUAUGUAAUAAUAUUACAUUUUAGAGUAUUUAUCUUUUACGUUAAUAACUUAGAACUGAUUAAUAAAUCGUGAUAAUUAUAAUGUCUACAAUGCAUACAAUAGCCUACGUCUACCUGAAAAUGUAGAAAAUCAUGUAUAAAACGUAAAUAUGUUUAAGCAUAAUUAAAAUUUGUGACAUUUAUUUUGCUCCGGCUUAAUGAAGUUUGAUUAGCACACAUCAAAAUAAUAAUAAAAAAAAGACUACAGAUGUGUGGGGUGCAUCGCUGCUCUGAAAUGACCUGGGGGGCACAGUUUUCACUAGAACUAUGUCGUCCCAUUGAAUUGCCAUGAACAAAAUAUUUCUCUUAUUAUACAUUAAGAUAACACGGGUAGUCAUAUAUGGUAUAUUCGUUGUAGUAGUUUUACAGUCCUAAUUUGCAGUGGGUUAUAUCGGUGUGGCUGUACAAGGGAAAGAGGAACUAUUGUUCUCAGUACAAAGUACACGAUGGGGAUUCAUUUUACGGUCACACCAACCUUUCACCCCGGAGGGUGAGGUGUCACUGUGUCCCUCCCACCUGUAUUUUGAAGUAGUUAAUUUGUUAGCUAUCAGUAUAUUUGAAAGUCAGUGUAUUUCACUUUAGAGUCGGCUGAUUGCAGCGCGCAUUUUCUAAUAUCGCCAUGGUAUUUAAACGUUUUCUCGUUGACUGGACUACAUGGAAAAAUAUUGGAUGUCAGCGGAUCAUUCCGACUGUGUUUGUACUGCUGAUGCUCCGAGCUACCGAGGAAUGUAAACACUGAACUGCCACAAGCGGAAUAUAGGCUACCACCGCCACAGAAUGGGGGAGAAGAAGCCCGAACCGCUGGACUUCGUGAAAGACUUUCAGGAGUACCUCACGCAGCAAACCCAGCACGUCAACAUGAUCUCGGGCUCCGUCAGCGGCGACAAGGAACCCGAGCCUCUCCAAGGAGGUCUGCACACAAACCCAGUUGGGAUGCAGUCAGAGGAUGGAGAUGGCGGUGAUAGUGCCAGUGUAGAGUACAGACCUAUGUUCUGUUUACCGGCAGCCGGUACAGAGAAUGACCAGAAUGGGCUGGACCACCCGUCAGUGGAGGUGUCCCUGGAGGACAGCUCGGGCAUGCUGGUGGACGGCUUUGAGAGGACCUACGACGGCAAGCUAAAGUGUUCAAUAGGUCUUUCAUCUUAGCCUCAUCCAUGGCUGAGUUCUCAUCCACAAUGUGUUCUUGUGCAAACUUUUCCCACUAUUGAGGAAUGCAACAACAAAACAAAGUUUAAUUUACGUAAUAAGACAGCAUAGUUUUGUGUGUGAGCACACAACCGAGACAGCGAGACUAUGAUGGACUCAAAUGACUGGAGUUUCAAAAUCUCAAUAAUGAAACGGUGUACAUGUUGUGCUUAAUCAAUAUAGGCUAACCCUGGCAUGCACAAUACAUAAUUUUUUUCCUGUCAGUGCUGUUAUCCUGGAUCAAAAGAGUUACAUUGUAUCAGCUUCCAUGUGAAAUCCCCAGAGAUUAAAACUUCCUCGCCUCCUUCAACACAAUCUCUUCCUCUGAGAUGUAUAGCGGGCCGACAUGCCUCCGUGCUGCAGCCUCCAUGACCCGGCUCUCUACGGCCAGGGCGGGUACCUGCCGACCUAAGGGCUGGAAAAUUUAGCUCAUGCUGCCUUCCAGCGUAACAGAUCCCGACAAAAUGCAGACGUUGUCGGCCCUGAUCUUCUGCAUUUAAACAAGUCCGCACUGAAUGCACUUUAACGAUCGACAGUCGGUCCAAUCCACAGUAACUAAUGCACACGUGUAAACACACGUGGUGUUAGAUCUGGGUCAUCUCUUCGAUCUUCUGAUCCUGCCUGCUGUGUGAUAUUUUCUGUGAAGAACUUUGCAAAACAUUUUCUGAAAUGUGAGACAAUGGAUUUGCUAUGUCCGUGACAGUAAAGUGAUUUACAUGUGUUCAUAAUCGGAUAAUAUAUGCAAAGUGAUGUUUAAUGAUUACAUUUUAUUGUAAACUGUAUCCUUGAUUCAAGUAGAUGGGUGAGGAGUAAUUUGAGGAGAGACUGAACAUUUGUGUUACAUAAUGGCUGUUAAGAUAUUUUGUGGUUAAUUUAAUCUCUCCUUGUCACUAACUACAUGGCUUAAAGACACACUGCUGAUUGAACAUGUCUAUUUAAAGCUUUAUUGCAUCAUCUCCUCUUCUUAAACAAGAUUAAUCAUUUACAUUUCCAUGUAUGAACAUUUCAACUUCACAGGACAUUUUGUUUAUAACUGCUUAAACGUUUUGUGUCGCAUGUCAUUUGUCUUGGUUGGUUGAAGGUCCUUUGAUGUCUCUCUGGGUUUUUGUAGAAGAGCACCAUCUGUUUGUAUAUCAUAUGACCUUUUCUGUACUUGUUCCAAUACAGUACCUUCUUGUGUCCAUGUGUCGCUUUAUCUAUGCACCGUCAUACCUUAUCACCAGGAUGGAGUUCAGGCAGUUUCUGUGUUCCCCUGCCAAAGGUGGCUUUGCCAGAAAGUUUUUAUAAAAAUGACCUCCGUUUUUGGCUUUGUACAUCUGUUUCUUUGCUUCCUGUACUGACCUCUCAGCUAGCCCAUCGGAUUGAGAAAAAUGUUGCAAAAUCCCAAUCCUCGCUAAACUCUCUGAAUGUCACACUGACAAAUUAUAGUCCAUUGUCACUGAAGACUUAAUUGAAUCCUAUAUCUGUUGUAGUAGUAACUAGAGGGAAUAGUAUACUCGAUAUAAAGUCAUCUUUUCUAUCAUAAGUCAACUCCUAUUUUCUAGUCUGGUCUUUCUGACACACUGUGUGGUUUGAGGGUUACUUGCCUGAUACUGUUGAUAUGUAUUACAGUGAGAUCUCAUCCUGAUUCUGGGCUAGUAGAUAACUUCAUGGGCUCUUCUCUUGCAUUUUUCAACUCCCAAAUGUCCUUCAUGAAUUUUCUUCAGCAUUUCUCUUCUUAAUUUCAAUUGAAUGACCGUCUUGUUUCCUUUGUGAAUCCUAUCAUUACCUACUGUCAAAUAGUGUCGCAAUACCAAAAUGAUGUCAAUAUCAGAAUUAUGAAUUUCGAUUUUGAUAGUCUUCAAUAUUUUUCCUAAAAAAGGGGAAACACUCUCAGAUGUCAUUAUUGUGCUUUAUUUCAAACAAAAAUUAGUCAAAUAUGCAGAUCAGCCACCAUUUUUUCUUUUUUAAUAUUAGUGAUUCGAGCCACACUCAGGUUGAAUUAAUCAGCAAGUUUGGGUCGCUCAUGAAAUGGACCUGCACAUCACCAGGCUAUGUACGAAUGUGUAUAUUACUGCUUUGAGAGACUUUUCCAUCUCUUUGGUUUCCUUCAUGGACAUCACAGGGGCGUUAACUACUCAGCUAUCACCUGUCGGUCUUUGAAUUCCUUGAAAAGGUCUUGAUGUUUGUCUGACAUCUGGCCAGGUUUGAUUGUGUUGCUUCCCAUUGAGAGACAAACUUUAAAAGAGCGCUUGCAAACCGGUUCUGCUGUUUUAUGGGCUCGCCUUUUUUGCCGGCUUUACAGCCGAAAUAUCACUUCAGGCCCCCUCUUUGUCAGUGAAUUCAGGUUGUGAAAGAAAAAUCACGAGAAGACAGUUGAAUCAGGUAUGAUUUAUUAAGGAAUGUGCGCAGGAACCCUCUAGAAAUAUACUGAAAGAAGGCUUCAGAGCAUGGACAAUAAAUACAACUCAGAUUAAAGUAAACGGGAUCAAGGGCCAGUAGGUGCGUCAUUUGGUCAGGUAUCUAUUCGCACUCCUUUCGGGGGUGGGGGGGGGGGUGAAAAAAACUGCAUUGCAUUUGAACCCUGUGGGCUAGGUGGGCCGCUUAAAGCGUUUGAUCAGUGGGAGAUGAGAGGCAGCUCUCAUGCUUGUGAGAGCCAUAGAAACAUACAUCCGGUUUUGUUUCCACAAGGUAUUGCUUAAGCCGCUGCUUAGACGCUGAACAAUGUGAAAAAAUGCACCACUUUCUCUACUGUUACUCUCGUUUGUUUCUUGCAACGUCACCACUGUCAGCAUUGAGCUUAAAGAGACAGAUUCCUUUUAGCCAGAUCAAAUAGCAAUUUGCAUAAUAAACGUUGAUUUUUUUUCAAAAUGCUGGCAUUGUACCCUUUUCAAAACUCCAGCACCACAAUGUUUUUUUUUCUCCAGAGGUGGAAAGUUCAGGUCCAGAAAGUACAAAUCCAGACCAAGGUUUGAAUUCCUUUGUACUUUCCGGACCUGAACUGUCCACCUGUUUUUUUCCCCAAUACCAGACUGUGCAGUCCAACCAUCAAUUCAAUUCUGUAGUUCCAAAAUUCUGUCAAAUUAAGCUCAUAGUCUUGCUUUGCAUUCAGCCCUUCCCUGUGUAAUUCAUUUAAAACUCUUCAGUGUGUCAUCUUUCUCAGUCUCAGUUCACAUGGUUUUCAUUUUUCCAUCUGAAGCGGGUAAUGCUUCUGUCAUCAUGUCCACAAAUGCCAUCUGCUCUUUCUCUGUCCUUGAAUUCUCAGUCGCUUUUGGGUCAAGUGCUCAAGAAAAGAGUGUCUGCAGUAUACAUCAUCUUUCCUUGUAUAUACUGCACCUUCAGCCAGUAAUGUUGGAGCUCGAUCAGCAUAUUUGGAAUUCUCAGUAGGACAAUAAUUUUGUGGAUUUUGGAAUCGUGAAAUGAAAGGUUUGUGAACAGAUAACGCAGUGAUUUCCUGACCUGAAACAAACUGGUGCAAUCUUUUACAAUCACAGAUAAUGCUGAACAGCUCUACUUUUCCUUUUGUGUAUAUCGGGUUUCAGUGUCUGACAUGGAUCGAAAUGCAUGCGCCACUGGCCUUCAGGUAUCUGCAAACUUCUGCAAAAGCACAGCACCUCGUCCAUUACGUGAUGUAUCUGAAGAGACUUUGAUUGUUUUUUUUUUUACAGGAUCAUAAAGUCCAAGGACUGGUUAUUCAAUCGACUGCUUUUUCAGUCGGUUCCAUGCUGACUCGUGCUCAUGAUUCUAUUCAUAUUGUGUUUCCUUCUCAGUCAAACUUCGAAGUGGAACCAUAAUCUCAGCUAGUUUAGGUAAGAAUUUCCCUGUGUAGUUCACCAUUCCACUCAAGCUCUGCACAUACAUUUUUGCAUUGUGGCCUGGGCAUGUGUAGUUUUGGUCAUGGUUGCAAACUCUUGUAAUCCAUCCCGAAAAGGAUAUUGUCUUCUGCACCUGCAUCCACUUUGAAUUUAUGUAUUUUUCGUUGACUUUAAGUUACAGACUACAUUCUUUUAUGUGAUUUGAAUUUUCUAUUACUGUAUCUACACAGAAUUCCUCAUCAUCUUGGGUAACUGCAUCUGCCUUUCUUUAUAUCUCUGUAUCUUUAUACCGUGCAUAAUGAUUCAUUUUAUUGCAAUUCUUGCAAGUUUUCCCAUAUGCUGGACAUCGUCGCAGAGAAUGCUGUGUUGCCCAUCAGGGGUCCGCAGUGGAAUAUACCACCGCCACAGAAUGGGGGAGAAGAAGCCCGAACCACUGGACUUCGUGAAAGACUUUCAGGAGUACCUCACGCAGCAAACCCAGCACGUCAACAUGAUCUCGGGCUCCGUCAGCGGCGACAAGGAACCCGAGCCUCUCCAAGGAGCCGGUACAGAGAAUGACCAGAAUGGGCUGGACCACCCGUCAGUGGAGGUGUCCCUGGAGGACAGCUCGGGCAUGCUGGUGGACGGCUUUGAGAGGACCUACGACGGCAAGCUAAAGUGCCGGUAUUGCAACUACGCUAGCAAGGGCACGGCGCGCCUCAUCGAGCACAUCCGGAUACACACGGGUGAGAAGCCUCACCGCUGUCACCUGUGCCCCUUCGCCUCGGCCUACGAGCGCCACCUGGAGGCGCACAUGCGCUCGCACACGGGCGAGAAGCCCUACAAGUGUGAGCUGUGCUCCUUCCGCUGCAGCGACCGCAGCAACCUGUCUCACCACCGGCGGCGGCGACACAAGCUGCUGCCCAUGAAGGGGGCGCGCUCCGGCCUGUCCAACAAGAAGAUGCUCAGCGUCCUCCAGAAGAAGGCCAGCGGCCUGAGCUACAGCCGCCGCCUCCUCAUCAACUUCAGCCCGCCCUCCAUGGUGGUGCAGAAGCCGGACUACCUGAACGACUUCUCCCACGAGCUGCCGCACCUGCACCCCGAGGCCUACGAGGGUGUGGCCAAGGCACACAUAGGAGGUGGGACCGGCUCCCGAGACAGCCAUGACAUGAUGGUGGACAACCCACUGAAUCAGCUGUCUACUCUAGCAGGCCAGCUGGCCAGCCUUCCCCCAGAGGCCCAGGCCCCCGUGUCGCCCGACGGCCUGUCCUGCCGGGACGAGAAGCCCUUCCUCAUCCAGCAGCCCAGCGCCGGCGCAGCCCCGGUGGCCGUCCCCGCCAGCGUGGCCGCUGCCCGGGCCGCGUCCCCCACCACUCCCGAGCCGCGGCCGCCCGCACACCGGAAUUAUAGCCCCGUGGCGGGCCCCAGCAGCGAGCACAGCGCUCGCACCAGCACGCCCAGCGUCAGCAACAGCCAGCCCAGCACGCCGGCGCCCAACCUGCCCGCACAGGACCCCCAGCUGCUGCACAGCUGCCAGCAUUGUGACACUUACUUUGCAGACAACAUCCUCUACACCAUCCACAUGGGCUGCCACGGCUACGAGAACCCGUUCCAGUGCAAUAUCUGCGGCUGCAAGUGCAAAAACAAGUAUGACUUUGCGUGCCACUUUGCCAGAGGGCAGCACAAACAGUGACUCGUGGGGUGGGAGGCCAACUCAGACCAUCUUAAAUUAUUAUUUUUGUAAAUUUGGGACUUCCGCUUUUAUUUAGGAGUCUACCCAGGCAAUUAAAUAUUUCCUCUUUCUAUUUUACAAAGAUAUUUUACUAGGUGGUGUUUAUUAUUUUAUUACUAUUAUUAUUACUAUUAUUAUUAUUAUUAUUAUUAUUAUUAUUAGACAAGCUAUUGUUUAUGGGGACGGUAAUCACAAAAGCUGCAUGUCUGAAGCCCCACCCCCUAUGAGGUCAUAGAGGAAUGGCUGUUUUUUUUUUUUUUAAAUGGCUUCUCUUAAAGGGGACACAGUGCAGCCUUAGCGCACAAACAAUCCCCACACGCGCAUGUGUCGCUCCUUCCCGCCGUCGAGUAGGGAAGGCUCCGACAGAGCACACGACUGUUACUAUGGCUCCCGACACCUCGGGUGGUCUGCGAGGAAGGCCCGAUGCAGCACGUUCGGCCGAGAAGGCGUGAAGCGUUCUGCAUCGUCGUCCUUCCUCCGCAGAAGUUAAAGCUCCGGGAAAUCUUAUGGUGAUCCCAUUGGAUCCUGUGGAAUAGCCUUUCGGUGUAGCGUACAUCACAUACACCAUUAAUCUCGGGGUGCAGAUUCAUCUGGGUGGUAAAAUCCUUUUUCAGAGAGUCAAAAGACAGUGUGAAGGUUUGCAGAUGACGUUGACUGUCUCUGGAUGGAAAAUGGGGCGAAGUGAGUGUGUGUGUCACCCGCAUUUCCAAGCCAGACGAACUGACUCAGAGUCAGGGGUCGUACCUCAUAUCAGCACACUCCCGUUUCUCAAUGAGAUAAUCACCUCCGAUAAAACUCACUCACCUAAUCAGUAACCAGUAGCAUAGAGAUAUUUAUCCCCAACUGCACCUAAAGUAAGAGCUUGGUAGCCCCUGACUUCCUGCCAACCUCCCGCAUUAAGUGCUGUGUUCAUGGGCUACGCCGAUGAUUCGUCGUCGAACGAGCCAGCGUUUAGCUACGGAAGUGCUUUAGGCAGUGGGAGGAGCUUCAGGAGGCGUGUAAGAGUCUCCAGGGUCACAUGGUCGCAGCCGUGCUUUGGAGACGUUGGUUCUGGUGUCGGUCUCGAUCUGCGAUACCUCAGAGAGCACUGAAGGUGAUUGUUUAAGAUGUCCUGAGAACUAGAUCAGACUUAAUAAUUUCUGUUAACUUGUCAUAUGAUAGCUACGCAGGGGGUGUAAGUAAUGGAAAAUUAGCCUAAACAGAAAGAGAGAGUACAUGUUUGGAUAUAUGCUGUAGGUGCCGUCUAGAAUACCUAAUGAUUUUUGCAUUCACUGGUGCCAUUGUCACACUCAGUGUCCCUCUGACAUCACUAAAUGGAGACGGGUCCUUUACUGUGGACUGGCCUCAAGCUAUGACAUCACCGCGUCUCCCGUGCCGACAGCAAUCAGCAUACAUAUCACCUUGUGUCUGAAGUAACCCACCAUCUUAAAACUAGCCUCGCUACAUAAAACACAAACCAAGCCUUUUAAGAACUUGAAUUUUAACCGUUCCGUCACGUCAAGGCCAAAGUGUUCUAAUGAACCUUUUCAAAGUAUUUUUUUAGAUAGCAUAUUUUAAUAGCACUGUAGCAGUUUGAUGGACUCACCCCGUGUUCUUACAAAAAUCAGUGAUUUUUAACUAUCUGUGCGCCUCUUUUAAGUAUUGAAAUGAUUUGCACAUUUUCAGUGUGGCUGUCGUGAGUUCCUGUUCUGUACCUAGUCGUUUUUUUUGUUAGACGAUACGGAUGUGUGGAGUAAAUCUAUCCAUAGUGAUGUCCGUUGGUAGGUCCGUGUGUGAUGGGGUUUAUUAUUAUUAUCGUUUAGUUUAACGCCGCGUUCCACAAGGCCUUUUUCCGUACAGAUCUACGAAUCCCACCCCAUGUGAGUCUCGGUGGUCAAAUGGAAUCAUCCUGUUCAGCACUCAGAAUGUAGCAGGGAACUGAAAAUGCUUGAAUAGCAGCGGAGAUCUGACUGAGGUGUAACUGUCAAUGGGAAAAGCACAAAACCUUCAGUAGCGGGGGGGGGG